AUGGACAGCGACCUUCCCCCUCCCGCCUAUUCUGAGCAAGAGUUUGAUCGAAAGGUCGCCACUGUCGCACAAAUAUCCCUAAAUACCCCCCAGCCAGCCUAUACCGAUGAAGAAGGAUGGGAGGAAUUCGAUGAAGCGGCUUAUGAGAGGGCUGCUGCUGCUCUCGCCUCUCUGAAUGUUGCUGGUCAAGGCAGUGGAUCUAAUCAAGUGAUUAAUGGUGCAUCUUCCCAAUGGCGAAGCGAUGAUAAGCCAUCCAAAGCGUCAUCCACAAGCAUCGAACCCCUGCGUAUCGACAAAAAGUCCAAGCUAGGGCCAACCGAAACCGUGACGAAACCACGGCCCAGUUGGCUGGCGGACGCGGAACACAUGCCGCCAUCCCAAACAGCAGGUUCGAGUUCAUCCUUUGUGGAUGGGCGGGAUUAUACGGCACCUGCACAACCCCAUAGUGAUGGUGAAGAGCGGUCUUCUCCUCCUCCUCCGUCAUUUGAAGCGGAAGCACCUUCCUGGGGAAAUCAUGCAGCUGAAAAUGCUGUUCCUCUCAGCUACCAUGGAGGGAGCUCAACGCAGCCGUCUCCUCUGGUCUCACCCCAAACUCCAGAAGCCGUGUUACCCCAGUCAACGCCUCUGUCUCCUUUAGACAUGCAAUUUCAAACCUAUCCCCCUCCUCACCAGCAGCAGCAGCCCCAUAUCCAGAACACCUAUAACCAGUUACAAGGUCGUCCUGUCCGUCAAUCGCUGCCUGUCCCUCCAACGCAGCAGACGCUGCAUGUCGUUCCUGAGCCCCGCCCUACAAGCUUUGCUCCGCCCAGUAUGAGAUUCGCGCCAUCUCCGCCUCCUCAGAUGAAUUUCCAUUCAUCCGUAGCUUAUGGAAAUCCAUCUGUAGCUUAUGGCAAAAGAACAUUGGGCAAUGAAAUGCCAGUUGUACAAACACAGCAGCAGCAGCAACCACAACAACAAUACCGACAACCGGGUCCACCGUUGACGUUUGACCCCAAAGACUUCUACAACUCUGCUGUCUCAGCGCAUCUAUCGACUCCCGAAAGAGCAACGCAGGCUCGUCGGCCAUACUCAUCCAUCCCUAGUCAACACGGCUUGCAAAACAUGCAACCCGUGCAAUCUUACAAUCAGCAAGCAAACAAUAAUCAAUGGCCACAGCCCAACAAUGCUCUAGGAGUGUAUUCUCCUACCCCAGCGCUUUCUUCUAACCAGCGCCAGACAGUCGUCCAGCCGCAUCCAACAUACCCCAGCCAGCCUCUGUAUUCGAUGCCGUCCUACGGUACAAAUAAUAAUCAGUGGGGUGGCUAUUACCAGUAA